AUGAAGAUGCUCCAACGGCUAGCCAGGUCAAAUUUUAGACAAACUGUGAGAACUUACUGCGGGACCACCAGCUUAUCAAGUAAGGAUACAAUUAAAUACGAGCACGAAUACUCAGCUCAAAAUUAUCAUCCGCUGCCAGCAGUAUUUGAAAAGGCUAAAGGUGCGCAUGUGUGGGAUCCCGAGGGUAAUAAAUAUUUGGAUUUUUUGUCUGCUUAUUCUGCUGUUAACCAAGGCCACUGCCACCCUCGGAUAAUAUCGGCACUGGUGGAUCAGGCCUCAAAGCUGACGCUGUCAUCGAGAGCGUUUUCCAAUCCCGUAUUCUCGGCGUACGCCAAAUAUGUGACAGAAUAUUUCCAAUACGAAUCUGUUCUACCCAUGAAUACAGGUGUAGAGGCGGUCGAGACUGCAUUGAAACUUGCAAGAAGGUGGGGUUACAUGGUAAAGAAAAUUCCUAAAAACGAAGCGAUUGUAUUGGGUGCCCAGGGAAAUUUCCAUGGCAGAUCUUUAGGUGCGAUAUCACUGUCUGCUGACGAGGAUUGCCGUCAGAUGUUUGGACCAUUUGUACCAAAUAUCAGUGCCGAAAUUCCGGGCGACUCUGGACACAAACUUUUGAGAUACGGAGUUGUCGAAGACGUGCAACUGGCAUUUAAGAAAGCAGGAAAACGUAUUGCUGCGAUUAUUUUAGAGCCUAUCCAAGGUGAAGCUGGCAUUGUGGUCCCACCUCCAGAUUAUCUAACAAAAGUUCAAGAACUUUGCCGCAAGCAUAAUGUGCUGCUAAUUUGCGAUGAGAUUCAGACGGGCAUUGCUCGAACAGGAAAAUUGUUAUGUUAUGAGCACUCGCCCAAUGUUAAGCCAGAUAUUGUGCUGUUAGGGAAGGCUAUAUCAGGCGGGGUACUACCUGUGUCGUGUGUACUAUCAUCCAAAAGUAUAAUGGAGUGCCUCACGCCAGGGUCGCAUGGAUCCACUUACGGAGGUAAUCCCCUGGCUUGCCGAGUAGCUAUGGCGGCGUUGGACGUUGUUCAGAGUGAGAAUUUGGUCCAGAAAGCAAAGGAGGACGGUGAAUUUCUACAGUCCGAGCUGAAGAGACUACAGCGUACCUCUGGCGGGAUCAUAUCCGAAGUUCGUGGCAAAGGAAUGCUGACCGCUAUUGUUAUUGAUCCGUUAAGAGCUAACGGAAGGACGGCCUGGCAAUUGUGUUUGCUAAUGAAAGAGCACGGUGUGCUCGCAAAACCCACACACGACCAUAUAAUCAGGUUGGCCCCACCCCUUGUCAUCUCUAAGCAUGAUAUCCUCAAAGGAGUCGAAGCCAUUAGAUUAUCUUUGAAAGAAUUGCCUAGCUAUGAGGCUGGUACUGAUUAA